AUGGGAGAAGGAGGAGAAGAUCCUCAGAAAUUGAAGACAAUGGCUGCGGCGGCUUACGACUACGACAACGAUCCACGAUGGGCGGAUUAUUGGUCAAACAUUCUUAUUCCUCCCAGCAUGGCAUCCCGCUCCGAUGUUAUUAACUACUACAAGCGCAAGUUCUACCAGCGUUACGUUGAUCCUGAUCUGAUUCUUGAGCCAAUGGCUACUGGCAGUACAUCUCAGCGAGCGGCAGCAUCUUCAACAUCUACAACAAAUAGUAAUUCAAAUGCACAGAACUCAGGUUAUACAAGUAGAACGACUGGCAUAUCCACAACUCCAGCUCCAAAUUCAACAUCUCUGCGUUGGGAUAGACAAACUAUUCAAUUUUCUGUCAAUGCUUGGGUUUUUGUUGUGGCAGUUCUUGCAAUCUUUCCUCUUGUUCCUAAGAAUCUGUCAAACAGGGCAUUUCGGCUUUCCUUCAUGGGGACUGCAUGUUCUUCUCUGUAUUCAUUAUAUUCAUUAUAUGGGAAACCUAGAGCAUGGAACUUGCAGGCUCUGCAAGUUUGGUUUCAAUCGGUGGCAGUUACCAAAGAUUUUAUCUACUCUAUCUACUGCCUUACCUUUAUCACUUCAAAUCUGUGCCUAAAAUUUGCUUUGAUUCCAAUUUUGUGCUUGUCCCUUCAGCAUGUUGCAAAGUUUCUUAGGCGUAACUUUAGCAGAUCCACCUUGUACAGGAAAUACUUUGAAGAGGCCUGUGUUUGGGUUGAUUCGAACACAACCACCCUUAGCAUUCUGUCUUCACAAGCUGAGAUUGGGCUUGGAUUCCUUCUGAUUCUCUCUCUUCUCUCGUGGCAGCGCAAUAUUAUACAAGCAUUUAUGUACUGGCAGCUUUUAAAGCUUAUGUACCAGGCCCCUGCAACUGCUGGUUAUCAUCAAAGAGCAUGGGCCAGGAUAGGGAGGAUUAUAAAUCCUCUAAUCCAACGCUACGCGCCUUUCCUGAACACUCCAAUUACUGCUAUUCAGAAAUGGUGGUUUAGGGUGAUCUUGAGGUCUUUGAAGUUUACCGUUUCUUUGUAA